AUGAGGACCACGGCCAGGCCGUCGUCGUCGUGGAAGCAGAGUGGCUAUGCUGCGCACGGACUAAUUCUGGGCUUCGUGCUCGUGCUUCUCUACUUGAUGGUCUCUGCACAGUUGAGCUAUAGUAACCCGCAUGAGGCAGCUUAUGCUAGCGCAACAACAAUCAGCACAGCUGAAACGGUUCCUGCAAGACGACAAAGAAGCCAUCAAGAACACGAUGCCAGGAGCACGGUAAUAGAGGAACUCGGUAGCAGCAAGGAGGUCGCGGAACCGCGCACGGAGCCAUCAACUAUUUCCCGCCACAAAGAGGCACAUGAGAGCGAUGAGAAGGAAUGGGCAGACAAAAAUCUAAUCGAGGAACAAUCAGUUGGCAACGAAAGGAACACUGACAAUUGGAACCAAACACACCAACCAACGGAGGAGGACAAUGUUGAAUUCACUGAAUUCGGGGGAGGAACCGAUGACUUCAACAAUGUCGCGCGCACCAAGCCCAUCUGCGACACGUCGUUCGGCAAAUACGACAUCUGCGAGCUGGCAGGCGACGCGCGGGCACGCGGUGGCGCCGCCGCGACGGUCACGCUUGUCUCUCCACGCGCUCCGCUCCGGGAGUGGACCAUAAAGCCCUACUCACGGAAGUACUUGGAUGGGCUCAAGGCUGUCACGGUGAGGUCCGUUUCCAUCCCAGAGCAUGCACCGCAAUGUACGACUCUGCUUAACAUCCCGGCGAUGGUGAUCGAGCUCGGCGGGCUCACCGGCAACUACUGGCACGACUUCACCGACGUGCUCGUCCCGCUCUUCAUCGGCACGCGGAGGUUCAACGGGGAUGUCCAGCUCCUCGUCGUCAACCUGCUGCCCUUCUGGGUCGACAAGUACAAGAGUAUCUUCAGCCAUCUCUCGCGCCACGAGAUCGUUGACUUCGAUAGGGACGACGGCACCGUUCGUUGCUACCCGCACGUCGUCGUCGGCUACGGCAGCCGGAAGGAGUUCACGAUCGAACCCAGUCUCGACGCCACUGGCGGCGGCUACACCAUGGUAGAUUUCACCGAGUUGUUGAGACGAGCCUACUCCCUGCCGCGCCAGCGACCGAUCAAUCUCAGUGACAAUCCUGCCGGACGGCGGCCGCGGAUGAUGAUCCUGGAGCGAACCAACAGCCGGAGGUUCAUCAACCUCCAUGAGGUCGUCGCUGCAGCGCAGGCCGCCGGAUUCAUGGUGACCGUUGCCGGCCGGCCGAGGACCAACUACGACAAGUUUGCGCGCGAAGUGAACUCCUUCGACGUGAUGUUGGGCAUCCACGGGGCCGGGUUGACCAACUGCGUGUACCUGCCCACGGGCGCCGUGCUCGUGCAGAUCGUGCCAUUUGGCCGGCUGGAGGACAUCGCCCGGGCCGACUUCGGCGACCCCGCCCGCGACAUGGGGCUCCGGUACAUCGAGUACAACAUCCAGGCCGACGAGAGCUCGCUGAUGGACGUGUUCGGGAAGGACCACCCCAUCAUCAAGGACCCCGUCGCCGUGCACAUGAGCGGGUGGCGAAACGUUGCAGAGUGGUACCUGGGGAAGCAGGAUGUGCGGAUCAACAUAGAGAGGCUCAAACCUAUCCUGAAACAGGCAAUGGAGCACCUCCGGUAG